UAUGCAUAAUAAUUCAAUUAUUCAUAGAGAUUUAAAACCAGAAAACUUAGUAUUUGAUUAAUAAGGUUAUUUGAGAAUAACAGAUUUAGGAAUUGCCAGAUUACAUAAAAUAGAUAAUCAUAAUGAAACUAGUGGAACUCCUGGUUAUAUGGCACCUGAAGUAUUACUUAGAUAAAAUCAUUCUUACGGAGUUGAUUAUUUUGCCUUGGGAGUUAUGACUUAUGAAUUAAUUACUGGGAAAAGACCUUACAUUGGAAGAUCUCGUAAAGAAGUAAGAGAUGAAAUACUUGCUAGAUAAGUAUACUUAACUUAAAAAGAAUGUCCUAAUUAUUCUUCAUCUCUUAUUGAUUUCACAAAUAAAUUGAUCUAAAGAAAAUAAUCUUUACGUUUAGGAGUUGGAGGUAUAUCUUAAUUAAAAGAUCAUCCUUGGUUUUAUGGUUUUGAUUGGAUUAGUCUAUAUAGUAAGAAAAUGCCUGCUCCAUAUCUACCAAAAUGUGAGGAAUAUAAUAGAAAAUUGUAAUAAGGACAUUAAUAAUCAGAUAAAACUUUGAUUGAAGAAUUUACUAAAUAAUUGAGAUUAAAAGAAGUAUAGUAAUAAUUUGAUGGAUACACAUAUAUUCAUUCUUAAUGA